UAUUUCACUUCCUCUUACAAACAUAAAGACAACAUUAAUUUUGAGAAUGAAGAAUCUUACUUUUCUAGUUCUCAUCUUGCUUUUGUCGGAAAACUCGAUCAACGCUAAUGCCAAAAACCACAAGCAUCGAAAGCAAGGAAAAGCCGGUCCGCCAACUGCCUCGAAAGGCAGGCCGCUCGUCUAUAAAAACGACGACAACGGCGGAGAUGUGUUGGAUGCUAACGCCACUCCUAGCGUUACCAUAUCCAACACCUUUAGUGUUCGUAGCUACGGCGCGAAAGGCGACGGCGUUGCCGACGAUACAAGUGCAUUUGAAAAAGCAUGGGCUGAUGCGUGCAAGGUACAAGGAUCUACGGUCCUAAUUCCGUCAGGAUUUGUGUUUCUUGUGAAGCCUAUGGCCUUUUCUGGGCCCAAUUGUCAGUCUAACAUUGUAUUCCAGCUAGAUGGAAAAAUAAUUGCUCCAACAAAUUUUGGAGCAUGGGGGAAAGGGCUAUUACAAUGGUUGGAUUUCUCCAAGUUGAAAGGAAUAGCGAUCAAAGGUCAAGGAGUAAUCGACGGACGAGGAUCAGUAUGGUGGAAUGAUAAAACGACAACGUAUCAAACUGAUCAGGAAGAUGCUUCAGAUCUGCAGGGAGAGGGUGAGGACAAAGCAGGAAUGCCUAGCACCAAACCAACGGCACUUAGAUUUUACGGAAGCACAGACGUAACAGUUACGGGCAUAACGAUCCAAAACAGUCCGCAGACACAUUUAAAAUUUGACGACUGUGUUGGAGUUCAAGUUUCUGGCAUUAGCAUUUCGUCCCCUGCCAAUAGCCCAAAUACUGAUGGAAUCCAUCUCCAAAACUCCCAAGAUGUGAUUAUUCAUACUACCAAUCUUGCUUGUGGAGAUGAUUGCAUUUCAAUACAAACAGGAUGCAACGGGAUAUAUGUACACAACGUGAAUUGUGGGCCCGGUCACGGUAUAAGCAUAGGAGGAUUAGGGAAAGAUGGAACUAAAGCAUGUGUUUCGAAUAUCACGGUCCGCGAUUCAACAAUUAAGAACACCAUGAACGGCGUCAGAAUUAAAACUUGGCAGGGUGGAUCAGGGUCAGUGCAAGGAGUAAUGUUUUCGAAUAUACAAGUUUCCGAAGUGGAGAAUCCAAUCCUAAUCGACCAAUACUAUUGCGACGGACACAGAUGUGCAAACAAGACCUCAAACGUUGCUAUUUCUAGUGUGAGUUAUCAAUCUAUAAAGGGAACUUAUGUUACUAAUCCCAUUCGACUCGCAUGUAGCGAGUCGACACCGUGCUCCGGGAUAACUUUAUCCACCAUAAUCCUACAUCCGUCGCUGAAUGCCAAGAAUGAUAGUCCCUUCUGUUGGGAGGCUUUCGGAGAAAUCCAAACAGCUACGACUCCCACUGUUACUUGUUUGCGCAAUGGAGGUCCAUCCCAUAAGCAACCAAGUAAUAGUGGUGGCUCUUGUUGAUUAAACUCCUAUUUUCCUCAAUUAAUAGUUGGGAUACAUAAACGUAGUUUGAGAUUCCAUAGUCGAUUGAUUUGAUAUCCUUAUAAAAGUAGAAUAUAUUAUAUAAACAAGUUAUGAUCAUAUUUACAUUAGAGAUGAGAUGUGUUAUGAGAAUUAAUUACCGACAAA